AUGACGUUGGACGUCAAGGCACGAGGCAGCUCCAAGUCGACCACACCCUUGGAGGAGGAAGGGGAGUACGGGCGGCCAAAAGUAGCGCCUCCGGAACACCCUGCUGGAACCACGUGGGUGUGGGACGAUGGAUCUGGCGUCGUGCUGAAAGCCGAGGGAAAGGCGAAAGAAGAAAUAGAGCAGCGCAAAGCGGAACAAAAAGAGGAGGGAGCACAUAAGGAUAGAACUUAG